CUGACCUACAGUAGUGGCAAAAACAAAAGAUGAAUGUGCUUUCAUUAAAAAGUUGCUGAAACCACAACAAGAAGAACAUGAAAAAAUACUUCAAUUCCCCAAGGGUUAUGGCAUAGGGAUGUUGCAGAGGAAGCAAAUUUCAUUCAGGGAAACUGAUUAAUCUCUUGUGUAUCAUUAACAAGCAGCUCGAGCCCCCCAGGCUCACAACUUAGAGCAGCUUUUUAGCUUUGUGCCUGACAGGGAUAUGUGACCAGAUCAAAACAUAAAGAUGCCUCUGCUGUCAGUUUCUUUUGUCAGAUCACCUUCUUUGAUUAGCUCAGAAAGCAGUGUGUUGAUCUGAGUGAGGGAUAAGACAGUUGAGUCCACUUGAAUGCUGGAGGACAAAAAUUAAUCAUGCCCAGCUGAGUAAACUGAAGAUUGAGAAUGCCUUAAGACUACAUAUCAGAUAUUAAACUUCUUCAGAGACAUAAGUAUUGAGAAAUAUGAUUGGACUAAACAUGGAGGAGAAUGGAGACACGGAGCUUGUGGGGAUGGGACUUCGUGCCGAUGUGUCUCCUGCACAAACAGCUUUUUACAUCAUCCUGGUGAUAAUGGGCAUUAUGGGUAAUGCCACAGUGGUUGCAGUGAUUGGCAAGAGUGUAAUAAUGGACCGUGGAGGUGGACGUAACUCGGACAUCAUCAUCAUAAACAUGGCAUUGUCUAACCUGCUGGUUUCUGUGAUGAGGAACACACUGCUAGUCAUCUCAGACAUGGGAAUCAAGCUGUACUCAUCCAAAGAAUGGUGUCAGUUCCUUAUGGGUGUCUGGGUAUGGCUGCGAUCCGUCAAUGUGUGGUCAACACUCUUUCUCAGUGCUUUCCAUCUCCAGACAUUAAAGCGUGUUGCUCCCUCUAAUGGGACCCUCCAUGUGUCCCGUGGCCCUCCUAAGAUCAUACUACUGAGUUUGGGCCUCAUCUGGCUUCUCAACCUGUUUUACUCUAUUCCUGCUUGUAUCUUUUCCACUAAUGGCAACGAGAACAGCACAGAGACCCUGAUGUUGGUAAGUAGCACAACACGCCCCCUGCUGGGCUGUGUGUGGAACUUUCCCUCCACCAACAGUGGCCUUCUCUAUGCCACCACAUCUAUGAUUAUCCAUGAAACAAUUCCCAUUAUCCUAAUGACCUUCACCAACCUUGGCUCCCUUUACACACUCCAUAGUCAUGGGAGGAUGAGGAGUUCAGUGGAAGGUGUCUUUGUCAUUAAGCGAGUGCCAGCUGAGAGACGAGCAGCCAAGGUGAUUCUUGCUCUCAUCAUGCUUUUUAUUUUAUCCUGGGGAACCAGCAUUAUCUCUGUCAACUAUUUCAACUACAACCGUGGCUCCUCAGCUGAGUUUCUUCUGGUCGUUGCUCGAUUUGCCAACAUUAUUUUCAUUGCCAUGUCCCCUAUUGUUCUGGCAGUCGGCCAUCGUCGUCUACGUUCUUUCAUCAAGUCUGCACUCGCCCUCUGA